UAGGCUGAUAUACGAGAACAGAAUCUAAUCUGGUUGGGCUAUCUGCCCUAAGGAAACUGUUACAAACCUGUCUGUGAUCAUGCCUAGUUUUAUGCCCCCACAGGAUAAGAUCAAGACUCGGUAUCAUUAUCUAAGAGUGAAGAAGUAUUUGGACCUACCUCCUAAAUCAAACACGGUCAUUUAUCAUCGCGGUGGAGUCACACAUAGAAGAGACGAUACAGACGUUGAGCUGGACUUUCGACAAGAAAGUAACUUUUUCUAUUUAACUGGUGUUGAGUCUGCUGGUUACCAUGUCAUCUUCCAAUUUUCGACAGAUACGAUCUAUCUCGUCCGCCCAACUGUUCCGCUUGAAGAACAAUUAUGGAAAGGCAUACCUCCUACUGAUCAGCAAUUACUUGAAAAAUAUGAUGUUGAUAUAGUACUUACUGAAAACGAAAUGAAUGCGAAAUUACAAGAAAUCAAUCCAGAUAUCAUUUUAACUAUGGAUUCAACCAAUGUGGCUGCCUUGCCCCCUACAAUCCUCCCAAAAAUAGAUGCCAGUUUGUUAGGCCCAGCUAUACACGAAGCCAGACUCAUCAAAUUUCCAUGGGAAAAAGAUUUACUUCGAUAUACAGCUCAUAUAUCUUCCCAUGCACAUAUAUCUCUUAUGUCAGCGGUAGGAAGACGAGGGUCUAGACAUGGUCGACCUUUUCUAAUGAACGAAUCCGAGUUGGAAGCAGAGUUCCGAUACGUGUGUGCUAAGAGUGGACUUAAUCGACAAUGCUAUAUCCCUAUCAUAGCUUCGGGAGAGCGUGCUUCCGUUUUACAUUACACCGACAAUAAUAAAUGGAUACCCAGUGAUAACAGGCAUGCCCUGAUUUUGGUGGAUGCAGGUGGAGAGCUUACAUGCUACGGAAGUGAUAUAACACGAACAUUUCCUGUCACAGGUAAAUUCUCUUCCGAAGCCAGAACUAUAUAUAACAUUGUUUUAAAAGCACAAAAAGCUGUACUGGACCAAGUAAGACCAGGUGUCUUUUGGAGAGAUAUGCAUACUCUUGUAGUCAAAAUUUUGACUCAAGAGCUCAUCAACAUUGGUAUUUUGGUUGGUGACGCUGAAGAAAUAAUACAAUUAGGGAUUUACAGAGCGUUCUAUUUCCACGGAACAGGUCAUUCAAUUGGAUUAGACUGUCAUGACGUUGGAGGGACGGAUAUUGGAAUACUUUCAGCAAUGAAAACCAGAAAAGGUUAUCCUUUAGAGUUAUUCACUCGUCCAUUGCAGGCAAAUAUGGUCAUAACAGUUGAGCCAGGUCUCUAUUUCAACGAUGUUAGUAUUGACAUGUGGACAGCCGCAAGCUCACCCUAUAAAAAGUACUUUGGAACAGAAAAGAUCGAGAAAUAUAGAAAGGUUGGAGGAGUACGCAUUGAAGAUACGAUACUGAUUACAGAAAUUGGGAUUGAGAACUUGACCAUAGCUCCCAAAGAAGUGAACGAUAUCGAGGCCAUCAUGGGUUUUUAGAGUCAUUUAACAUGAACAGCAUGAAUCAGGCUAGCAGAGCACGAUUUUGAGUCGCCGAUUUGUGAUUUAGACAUCCUUGUCCCCCUGUUAGCGC